AUGGCCACUGGAGGGUCUGCCCAGCUGUGCCUAGCUCUGCUGCUCAUGUCUCUGGGUGUCAUGCUAACAGCCACUCAGAAAUCUGUUGUGUCCUUGGACCCACCGUGGAUUAGAAUAUUUACAGGAGAGAAAGUGAUCCUUUCAUGCAAUGGGAACAAGUUUCUUGAAAUGAACUCUACUAAAUGGAUCCACAACGGUAUCACCUCUAACGUGACAUCUUCACAUUUGGUCAUUCUGAGUGCCACCAUUCAAGACAGUGGAAAAUACAUUUGUCAGAACCAAGGAUUUUAUAAGAGUAAGCCGGUGUACUUGAACGUGAUACAAGAGUGGCUGCUCCUUCAAACAUCUGCUGAUGUGGUCUUAGACAAUGGAUCCUUUGACAUCAGAUGCCAUGGCUGGAAGAAUUGGAAGGUCCGCAAGGUGACCUACUACAGGAACAACCAUGCUUUCAACUACUCUUAUGAGAGCCCUGGCAUCUCCAUUAGAAAUGCCACACUUAAUGACAGUGGCACCUACUACUGCACGGGCUAUCUUAAGAAGCUGCCAUAUGAAUCUGACAAAUUCAGAGUUGCUAUAGUGAAAGCUUACAAAAGCAAGUAUUGUUGGCUACAACUAAUUUUCCCAUUGUUGGUGGUGAUUCUGUUUGCUGUGGACACGUGUUUAUUGCUCUCAACACAAGAACAAUUCAUAUCAGUCUUGAAGAGUCAGAAGACUGGAAAAGGCAACAAAGUUGAAACCUAA